UACCUACAUUAUUAUAUCUUUUUGACAGAAAAUGGAGUCCACGCCUUCAGUUAGAGAAUUCUACAAGGGCAGGAGCAUCCUGGUGACCGGCGGCUCUGGCUUCAUGGGCAAGGUGCUCAUUGAGAAGCUGCUGUACACCAUCCCCGACAUCGGAAACGUAUACAUAUUAAUCAGGUCGAAGAGGGGCAAAUCUAUCAAACAGCGCUGGGAGGACAUGCAACGGUCCCCGGCUUUCGAGAGAAUAAAAAAUGAGAAAAAGAGUGCUCUCAAGAAGAUUGUACCAAUCCAAGGAGAUGUCCUCUACGAGGACUUAGGUGUCUCAAGCAAGGAUUUGGAUAACAUGUCCGAAGAGGUGUCGGUCGUGUUCCACUUGGCCGCGACCUUGAGGUUAGAGUCGCCGCUAAAGGACAGCGUGGCAAUGAACACGGCGGGAACCAUGCGCGCUCUGAAUGUGGCCAGGAAGUUUAAGAAGCUGGAUAUGUUUGUGCACUUAUCGACAGCUUUUUGCUACCCUGAUUAUAGAGUAUUGGAAGAAAAGUUCCAUUCUCCAACCGCGGACGCCCACGAUAUUAUGCGCCUGUGCGACUUCCUAGACGAGAAACAACUGGAUCUGCUAACUCCGUCCCUGUUAAAUCAUCAUCCGAACACAUACACAUACACCAAACGACUCGCAGAGAGUUUGGUCAUGGAUGCGUACCCUGAAUUACCUUGCGUCAUUGCUAGACCCACGAUUGUGUGCCCGUCGCUCAAGGAUCCCGUUCCCGGCUGGGUGGACAGCCUCAACGGGCCGGUGGGCGUGAUGCUGGGCGCCGGUAAGGGCGUCAUCAGAACUAUGCUGUGCGAUGGCAGCUUGAACGCGCAGGUCAUCCCCGUCGACCUGGCCAUCAACGGCCUCAUCGCUCUCGUAAUGAUUGAAGUGACGAAUAAAACAAAAUCCGAACACAUACCCAUUUACAACUUGAAUGGAGGACACCUAAAACCAACCACAUGGGGAGAAGUAUUAGAUAUAGGGAAGAAGUAUGCCCGAGAAUACCCCUUGGCUUGGCCGUUGUGGUACCCCAACGGGGACAUUACCACUAACUACUUUCUGCACGAAACAAAACGCAUUCUCUUCCAUUUGGGCCCGGCUUAUCUCAUUGAUUUUCUUCUUUUAAUCACUGGACAGAAACGAUUCAUGAUAAGGAUACAAGAUAGAAUAUCCCAAGGGCUGGAAGUGCUGCAAUACUUCACCACGCGAGAGUGGUACUUCCCCUGCCCUAACUAUGACGCCAUUCAUACAAAAUUGUCAGACGAAGAAAAUGAGUUAUACUUAACUUACGUAGAAGAUUUAGACAGGGAAGAAUACAUGAUUCAAGCAGUGGAAGGCGGACGCCAAUACUGCCUGAAAGAGGACUUUACGAAAGUCAAGUACAACAGAAUGUACCAUAACUUCUUGUUCGUGUUGGACAUCAUACUAAAGAUAGUGUUCUUGUGUUUCGUCUUUUCGUUCUUCGCCGCCUGGUUCCAGCCAGUCCGCUACGUGUUCUCGUUGGGCGAGCCGGUGGUGCAAUACUUACCUUUUCUGGGCCCAUCACUCAAAUCGGACUAAUCUACA